AUGGCCAAUGCAGGGUACAUCUUUGUGGUCGAGCACCUCGACCUGGAACUGGGUCCCUGGUCCGCCUUGGAAUAUAGGACCAUUGCCCAGGAGUCCAAAGAUGCUGGAUGCAGGUUUAUCCUGUCGUCCGUCCCCGACUCCCUAUUGAGAUCGAAAGAUAUACAAGCUCUGCGUGAUGCUGGAGCAGAAGGCAGGAACGAUAGUGUCGAGACGUACUUUGCCGACCGCAAGGACCGGAUUUGCCUCCUAGACCCAGCCGCCAAACAGGAACUCACCCCAUCUGAUGCCAAUCACUUUGAUGUCUUCCUAUUCGGCGGUAUCUUAGGUGACGACCCUCCAAGGGACCGCACAAGCGAGUUGAGGAAGAAAGGCUUCACUGGACGACGACUGGGUCCCAAGCAGAUGACCACUGAUACCGCUGUCCGGGUGACGCGGAUGGUUGUGCUCGAUAAAGUCCCACUCGAUAAGAUUCCAUACGUCGACUAUCCAGAAUUGAAACUGAAUGAACAUGAGACGACGGAAAUGCCGUUUCGCUAUGUGACGAACAAUACUGGGAAGCCGAUAAUGCCUGAGGGUAUGAUUGAUUUGAUCAGGUCCGAUGCUGAUAAAGCUUUCGAGGACCUCGAGUUCGUGGAUGAAGUCAAUGGCAUAGAAAACCUGACAAUUAACAAAACCUGA